AUGGCCGCAGUUUUCGAGUUCCGUUUGCUUUUGCACAUCGUCUUGCUGUGCAUACGCUUUGGCAGGUCACAACAAGGUGAGCGUGAGACGUGGCUACAAGAGACUCAGUUGGAACGAGAAGGCCGUGAAUCGUGCAACAAGCGCUUCCAAGCCACAGACUUCGCGCAGCAAGGGUUUAAGACCGAGUGGCUGAACACGCGGAACAGGUCCGCGUUUAUUGAUUGCUUAUACAAGCUCCGGACGCGGUGGCGGCCCAGAGAAAAGGCCGUUUACGCAGGCGGCAUCCAUUAUCCAACACUGAUCACAGCUCACCACACGUGGCCUCCGGUUUCAACCAGCGGCUCGCGACUGUGUUGGCUGGACGAGUUGGGAGUGAACCGGAACAAUAUCGAUGCUGGGCAAUGCUGUGACACGACGCAUGGACCUCGGGGCCGCGAGGAUUGUUGGGACGAGUAUUUUACGUUCGAGCUUUGCUGCUUGGGAGAUGUCAACUUGGCGGAGAUGCCUCAUUACUUUGUGGCGCCGGCCUUCGACAUCAACGUCGGGAAUGCUGUGCGACAGCUUGGCACGUUCGACUUGGGCCAGUCUUACGCACUGCAGACGCUCUGCAAGGCCGGAGAUAUCGUCAUUGAUGUUGGCGCCAAUGUUGGUGGCUUCACAGUGCCGUUAGCUGAGCGCGUGGGCCCCGAUGGGCAGGUGCACGCCUUUGAACCUUUUCGGAAGGUGUUCCAGCACUUGAAUGCAAACGUCGCUCUGAACGGCUUGAGCAAUGUUUAUACCUACAACGUGGCUCUGGGAACGAAGGAAGAAGAGGUUACCGCCUUUGUGCCCGACCUCACCCACUUCAAUUUCCCAUCCGCUAUACGAGUUCUUGACCAAUACGGGCCAGAAAAGGCAGCUGCCGAAGCCAAUCUGCGAUAUGAAGCACGUCAGGAGACACUGACAGUCCGCCCUUUGGACCACUACAAGUUUGACAGGCGUGUCAGUUUAAUGAAGAUUGAUGUGGAGUUCAUGGAGUUGCAUGUGGUGCGCGGAGCGCGUCAGACCAUCGAGCGCAACAAGCCACUUAUAUGGGUGGAAAAUGAAGCCUACUUCGACGACCCGUCAAAUCGUACAUUCGUGAACGCCAUGUACUCUGACCUGGGCUAUGUGUGCAGUCCGGUAGCAAGGCUGGAGCUACUUUGCAGCCCCGGCAAAGAGUCAAGCGGCGAACUGGUUGCGGAUGAGUCCCUCCUGCCUGCAGGCUUCAAACGAGUCUUUCGUCACCUGAGCGGCGAAGUCAAAGAUGUCCACCUCUGGCGAGCGCUUUCAGAAGUCGACCCAGGGUUCGCGGUGGCUCACGACACUUAG